AACAUCUCGUCAACCACCUCGGUAGCUUGCUAGCCAACAUAGCCGAAGGUUUCUAGCUAUUUAUACGAUUUCGGUCUAUAUUAGCUAUUGUGUUUUAGACACACGUUUGUCGUAUCUACUUGUUAACCUAUUUAAUUGAAUAUUACGUUAAUUUGUAUUAGUCAGCUAUAGUAGCUUGCUGGUUAAGUUAGCACUAGCCUAAUCGCUAAUUGAAGCUAGCUAGCUAACAUCCCCGAACAUGAGCUCCUUAAACUACUCCCCUCCUGUUAAAGAAGAGGUCUGCUGGACGGAGGAAGAAGCUCUGGGGUUGAACAUUGUCGUGAAAGAGGAGAAGGAAGAAGAGGAUGUUACAGUAAAACAAGAAGUAGAGGAUGAGUCUGUUACAGUGAAAAAAGAAGAGGAAGACGUUUCAGUGAAAGAAGAGGAAGACGCUUUCAGAGUGAAAGAGGAGGAGGAUGUUACAGUAAAAGAAGAGGAGGAGGGAAAAGAGGAGGAUGCAGUUUUUGGAGUGAAGAAUGAAGGGGAGAUUACUGUCACAUUGAAAGAUGAAGAGGUGGAGAACGGGGAUCUGAUUAACACCAGAGAGAGACCAGACUCUCCCUCUGACAUCGGGAAGAGUCCUUCAGGGGAAUCAGACCCAGGGAAGAGUCCUUCAUGGGAAUCAGACCCAGAGAUGCCCAAAGCAACAGGAGGACAUCACUGCUCCCACUGUGGAAAGAGUUUUACAAAGUUAGGGAGCCUGAAGAAACAUGAGAGGACACACACAGGAAAAAAGACUUUCCAAUGUUCCCAGUGUGGAAAAGGUUUUCUUUGGUUAUAUCACCUGAAUAGGCAUGAGAGGACACACACAGGAGAAAAACCGUUCCAAUGCUCCCAUUGUGGAAAAAGUUUUAACGAAUUAGGGUACCUAUUAAUACAUAAGAGAAUACAUUCUGGAGAGAAGCCUUACCACUGCUCUAAAUGUAGAAUGACUUUUACCUGGUUAGGGAGCCUUAAAACGCAUGAGAGAAUACACACUGGAGAAAAUCCUUUCCAAUGUUCCCACUGUGGAAAGAAUUUUACUCAGUUAGGGAACCUAAAUCGGCACAAGAGGACACACACAGGAGAGAAGCCUUACCAAUGCUCUCAGUGUAGAAAGAGUUUUAGGGGUUUAGUGAGCCUGAAACAGCAUAAGAGAAUACACACAGGAGAGAAGCCGUAUCACUGUUCCCAGUGUGGAAAGAGUUUUAGAUGGUUAGGGACUCUGAAAAUGCAUGAGAGGACACACACAGGAGAAAAACCGUACCAAUGCACCAUGUGUGGAAAGAGAUUUACCCAGUUAAAGUCCAUGAAAUUACAUGGGAGAAUACAUACAGGAGAGAAGCCUUACCACUGCUCCCACUGUGGAAUGACUUUUACCUGGUUAGUAAACAUGAAAACUCAUGAGCGAAUACACACAGGAGAGAAGCCUUAUCAAUGUUCCCAGUGUGGAAAGAAUUUUAGGGGUUUAGUGAACCUGAAACAGCAUGAGAGGACACACCCACAAGAAAAGCCUUACCAAUGCUCCCUGUGUGGAAAGAGUUUUACAAAGUUAGGGGGUCUGACAAGGCAUGAGAGGACACACACAGGAGGGGAUAAGACAUACCACUGCUCCCUGUGCGGAAAGACAUUUAACAGGUUAAGGCAUCUGAAUAAGCAUGAAAGAAUACAUACACAGGAGGAGAAGACAUACCACUGCUCUCAUUGUGGAAAGACAUUUUCCCAGUCAGAGGACCUGAAAGCACAUGAGAGAAUAGAGAGGCUUUGUUCUGACUUGUGUUUUUGACUGAGAAUUUGUGUUUUUGUAUAUACCACAUGAAAUCAUAUUGUUUAUAUGAAGUCUUCAACAAAAUAGGUUUACUUAAAAAAAUGUUUGUUUCGUUUCUAAAAUGAGAUAUAAAAAAAAUGAUGUACAUUGAUAUUUUGUAUACAAGUGUACAGGUUUCAGGCUAAUAGAGCGCAGGUGCAUAACAAAGUUUGUAAUUUUCCACGAUAGUAAGUAAGUAGCCUUGCAGGAGCCUUGGCUUGUCUAAUCCAGAACAGCUCAUAGUAACAGGAGCCUAUCUCCUGUUUCUGUAAAGGACUCUAGUCUAUACAUUACCACAGUAUAGUAACAGGAGUCUAGUCUAUACAGUACCACAGUAUAGUAACAGGAGUCUAGGCUAUACAGUACCACAGUAUAGUUACAGGAGUCUAGUCUAUACAGUACCACAGUAUAGUAACAGGACUCUAGUCUAUACAUUACCACAGUAUAGUAACAGGAGUCUAGUCUAUACAUUACCACAGUAUAGUAACAGGAGUCUAGUCUAUACAGUACCACAGUAUAGUAACAGGAGUCUAGUCUAUACAGUACCACAGUAUAGUAACAGGAGUCUAGUCUAUACAUUACCACAGUAUAGUAACAGGAGUCUAGACUAUACAGUACCACAGUAUAGUAACAGGAGUCUAGUCUAUACAGUACCACAGUAUAGUAACAGGAGUCUAUCUCCUGGUUCUGUAGUGAGGCAUCUUGAUGUACAGUACUUCCCCUGGAUAGGACUCUAGUCUAUACAUUACCACAGUAUAGUAACAGGAGUCUAGUGUAUACAGUACCACAGUAUAGUAACAGGAGUCUAGUCUAUACAGUACCACAGUAUAGUAACAGGAGUCUAGUGUAUACAGUACCACAGUAUAGUAACAGGAGUCUAGUGUAUACAGUACCACAGUAUAGUAACAGGAGUCUAGUGUAUACAGUACCACAGUAUAGUAACAGGAGUCUAGUCUAUACAGUACCACAGUAUAGUAACAGGAGUCUAGUCUAUACAUUACCACAGUAUAGUAACAGGAGUCUAGUCUAUACAUUACCACAUUAUAGUAACAGGACUCUAGUCUAUACAGUACCACAGUAUAGUAACAGGAGUCUAGUCUAUACAUUACCACAGUAUAGUAACAGGGGUCUAGUCUAUACAGCACCACAGUAUAGUAACAGGAGUCUAGUGUAUACAGUACCACAGUAUAGUAACAGGAGUCUAGUGUAUACAGUACCACAGUAUAGUAACAGGAGUCUAGUCUAUACAGUACCACAGUAUAGUAACAAUCAAUCAAUCAAUCAAUUUUAUUUUAUAUAGCCCUUCGUACAUCAGAUAAUAUCUCGAAGUGCUGUACAGAAACCCAGCCUAAAACCCCAAACAGCUAGAAUGCAGGUGUAGAAGCACGGUGGCUAGGAAAAACUCCCUAGAAAGGCCAAAACCUAGGAAGAAACCUAGAGAGGAACCAGGCUAUGAGGGGUGGCCAGUCCUCUUCUGGCUGUGCCGGGUGGAGAUUAUAACAGAACUAUGCCAAGAUGUUCAAAAAUGUU